CUUACGGAAUAAGAAUAAGCGAGGAAAGCAAGCUCACGCAUUGACCAGGUUACGCCGAAGGCUACUCCAAAUACAACGACAAUACCAACAGCAACUUGCACUUCUUCCGCCGCUCUCUCUUUCUCUCUCUCUGACUAUCUUCCAAAGGAAAAUCAAACCCUGAUCUUCUCUUCUUCAGAUCUGCGCCUCGUCUCCACUGCUUAAAAUAUGUCGGAAGAGGUGGAGUACCGCUGCUUUAUUGGUGGCCUUUCAUGGUCAACAUCUGACAGAGCUCUAAAAGAUGCUUUUGAAAAGUUUGGAAAGCUUCUCGAAGCAAAGGUGGUUGUUGACAAGUUCUCUGGGCGUUCCCGUGGAUUUGGGUUCGUCACUUUUGAUGAUAGGAAAGCAAUGGAGGAUGCUAUUGAGGAGAUGAAUGGAAUAGAUUUAGAUGGGCGGACUAUUACUGUUGAUAAAGCUCAGCCUCACCAAGGCUCAGGUAGAGAUCAUGAUGGUGACCGGAGCCGUGACCGUGGUCGUGAUCGUGACCGUGGUCGUGACUAUGGAGGUGGACGUGGAUCUAAUGGUGGAGAAUGCUUUAAGUGUGGGAAGCCUGGACAUUUUGCUAGGGAGUGUCCAAGUGAAGGGUCGAGAGGGGGCAGGUAUGGGGGCAGGGAUGAUAGAUCCAGUGGUGGUGGAGGUGGUGGGGGUGGCCAUUAUGGUCCUGAUCGGAAUGGUGAUCGAUUUGGUGGGCGCAACAGGGAUUCCGGUAGCCGUGGAGGUUCUGGAGCUGAUCGGUACAGUCGUGACCGCAGUGGACCUUAUGAACGACGCAGCACUGGAGGUGGAGGUUUUCGCUCUGGAUAGGAGUUAUGAUUGUGGUUUGGAGCGGAGGUGCCUCAGUUACUGUCCUCAUAAGCUUCCAAGUUUCUUUGCUGGAAGCAUUCUUAUGAACAUUGUCUGGGUGGAUCUUUCUAGUAUAUCAGUAGUUUGAAGUGCAAAAACUGGCAUGAAUACUCACCUGCUUUGUGUUCCAAAAAUGCUCAAUUCGAUGUUUUGGUCCGGGAUAUUGUGCUUGCUUGACAUGGACUUUCGAAAUUGGUCUUGUAGUCUGUGAAUGCCAUUAUUGCUGCUGGAUA